AUGUUCAAGGCCAUAAACACGGAGCUAGAAAACAUGAAGACCAAAAUUGAUUUGGAACGGAGCAAAAUAGAACAGUUCUACAACGACUGUCUCGACAACAAGAAAUACGUUGAAUAUUUCAGGAUGAAGCCAGUUCAUGAGGAGAACUUGGAUUUGUAUGAAAUAGGCAAAUCAAAUCUGCUUUGCCACUACGUGAUGGAGCAGAAUGUGGAGGAAACAGAGCAAACUGCCGAUGAAUACGGGACAUUCGGCUACAAGGAGCCACUCUUUGAAUACAUCUACAAACUGGUUGAUUGUGGUGAAUUUGAAAGGGCUCUUUUUCACCUGAAAAGAGCAGAAAAGAACAAGUGGUCGUCCUACGCCUAUUUCGACAUCCUGGACACCAUCAAAUCCAAAUACUACAAUAGGCCACUGUAA